AUGGCCCGGCCGUUCGCGAUCACCGGUAUCGAUUAUUGGGGACCCAUCCAGAUCCAACCAUCUCAUCGUCGUGCUGCUCCUAGGAAAGUCUAUGUGGCAGUCUUCGUAUGCUUCUGUACGAAAGCUGUCCACAUUGAACUUGUCUCUGACCUCACCGCUGCCAAGUUCAUACAAGCUUUACAGCGCUUCGUCUCUCGUCGUGGGUUGUGCUCUGAAAUCUACAGCGACAACGGUCGCAAUUUCGUCGGAGCUGCUAACGAAUUACGGCAAAUAGUUCGCAGAAAGGAGCACCAAAAAGCGCUGGCGGAGGAAUGCACCAACAACGGUAUUAGGUGGCACUUUAACCCACCUAAGGCUUCGCACUUUGGUGGUCUAUGGGAGGCCGCAAUUGCUUCAGCUCAAAAACACUUUCUUCGUGUCAUUGGAAAUCACACUCUGCCGUAUGACGAAAUGGAAACUCUCCUAGCGCAAAUUGAGAGUUGCUUAAAUUCCCGACCGAUAUCAUCAUUAAGCGAUGAUCCAUCCGACUUCGAUCCUCUGACACCGGGGCACUUUUUAGUUGGUGGUGCCUUGAAAGCAGUCCCUCAAUUAGACCUGUCCUCCAUUCCCUACAAUCGGCUCAACAAUUGGCAUCGCACGCAGAAGCUCCUACAGGACAUUUGGAAGCGCUGGCAACUUGAGUACGUGUCCACUCUCCAGCAACGUUCGAAAUGGUACAAGCCGCCCGUCAUCAUCCAAAAAGGUUGCCUGGCACUUCUCAAGGAUGAAAACUCACCACCGAUGAGCUGGAAGCUGGCUCGAAUCACCGAUCUGCAUCCCGGACCAGACGGAAUUACGAGAGUCGUAACACUUCGCACAUCCAACAGCAUCUUUACUCGACCGGUGGCAAAAAUCUGCUUGCUUCCUAUUGAAAUCCCAUCCGCUGGAACAACUUCUCCGCCAAGCAACAACGCAACUCCUGAUUCGCCGAUGAAAUGCAGCAACUAA